AUGCUGCUUCCGCUGCCUUUGCACUACAAUCGCGAGUUGGAGCAGGACAUGCACAGGCUAAUGAGCAGAGCGCCUAACCAGGAAGGGCCCCAGCAAAUGAAGCCAAACUGGAAGAUCAAGAAGGUUCCCAUACGGACUUACAACAUGUGGGUCGCAAACUGGGGAGCCAUUCUUGUUACCAAGAAGCACAACCCUGGCAAAAAGGAUGACCACUUCAUCCUGUCUCCACACCCACUGGAAGCUACAACCAGAUACCUGCUUGCGUAUGACUCCAACACGUGUUCUUCAGCCGACUGCUGGGCUCUCUGGGGAGCUGGUGUUGCAGCGUACGUGGACUACUUGAGCUCCGGAUCUGGCAGCGUUUUUGACAUCCCUGCGCACUUCCACAGCUCCCUAGACUCCAUCGUGAAGCAGCUCUUGCGUUCGGUGCAGGAAACUUCACGCUCGCUUCGGCGAACAACCAAUGCUUUCGUUCUGAGUAGUCCCAAAGACCUGGACCGCGAGAGCAAGGAGUCCUCGCUGGAAGAUGUCCAGGCAACCGCCGAGCAACUCCUGGAGGAGUCGAGACUGAGCGGCCCUCCAGAGGCCUGGCAGCUCCCCGACGGACGCCACGAGCUGCUGUUGAAAGAGCUCACCUUGCUAGAGGAUCAAGUCAAUGACGGCCGGGCUUUGCGCGAGGUGGAGGCGCAGGCCGAGGUGGUUGCCGAGGCCCUCGCAGGACAAAUGGCUGAAAAGGAUUGGGAGGAGCUGUAUGCUGAAGCGUCCACGGCUUUCGGGGAGACUGCCACAGGGUUCCGUUCCACCUUCCGCGAUACUGGCACUUUCCGCGACACUGGUGGUACCUUCCGUGACACAGGAUUCAGUACCUGGUCGACCGACUUUCCGGAGCCCAAGACGCGAGACGUCUUACAGCAAAUCAUGGACGAGCACAAGCUGCCUGAGUCCAUGCAGAAGGAGCUGGACGAGUUUGAAAGUGAAAUGGAGGCCAAGAACCUGGCAGCGGAGGAGCGGUUCGGGCUGCUAUCCGUUAUGCGCAAGACCAGCACUUUCCGGCAUGAUGGCCGACGAAGGGCAGGAGCUUCGUUUGCCUUGGUGGCUGGAGCCAUGGGUGAUCAGGCUUCCAUGCCGAGCCAGCCAGCGACUGCCGCCACUCCAGCAUCUCCUGCUUUGUCGGAUGCCUCACUGCAGCAAGCGCAGCUGGCCAAUCACAUUGGUGGCAUCUACAGGUCAAUGUACGCCCCGGGCGUACCGGCAAUGACCAUGCCUACCCAGGGUGCCAUGCCUUCCCAGGGUGCCAUGCCACAGCAGGGCGUCCCUGCUCCGGCCAUGGGUGGAAUGGGCGGAAUGCCUGGCAUGGGUGGGAUGUAUGGAGGCUCCUACGGACCCAUGGGCACGAACGUCGGACAGGCAUACGGUGGAGCCUUCGGUGGCUCGGCCUCUGAGGUGCAAGCCUCGCAGUCUCAGCUCGCAGAUCAGCUGGGACAGUUCUAUCGGGCCCAAUUCCUGCCUCCUGGCGUCGAGUCGCAGGUUGCAGCACAGCAGGCGGCACAGCAGGCUGCCAUGGCUGCACAGCAGGCAGAGCAGGCGGCACAGCAGGUUAAGCAGGAGACCAAGGGCGCCGACGCCAAAGCCAAGGCACCCGAGAUGCUGGCAGCUCCUGCCCCGGCACCAGCGUCGGGCCCUCCAAGCGAUGCUUCCGAUUGCAAGACCAUGGAGGAACUAGAUGCCUGGAAGAAAUCCAGGGAAGAUCAGCUGAAGAAGUACGUGCCGAAGGACUACCAGAAGUUCGCACUGAAGUCAAUUGACAGUCAGAAGCUUGGAAUUCUGCAUGUGCGGCGUGGCCCGUGGCCAGCGUGGGCAGAUGAGGAAGCUGCUGCAAGCGUGUUCGCUGCUAAACGGCAUGGCAUCCACUCCACCGAUAGCGGGCACGAGAGCUUCGUGCCUGGUUUGACAGAGACGAAGAUCCGGCCAGACACACACGAGUCCGCCGUGGCUAACCUUGAUGUGGUCCAAUUUGCUGAAGCAGCACCUUCAUCCACAACAGCUGCUAAUCCCAUGGAGAGCGAAGUGCUUUGGAAGGGUGUCAGCAUGUUCAACGCAAUGAUGUGGGGAGGAAGCAUUGUGUCAUCCAAAGCUGGCAUCGAUGCUCUGGCAUCUGCAGGUUUUGAGGAGCCCGGCGUACUGUUUGGAGCGCUGCGCUUCACCGUUGCCACGUUGUGCUUGUCGCCCUGGCUCUUCUCGUCCAGCUCUUUGCGAAGUACGCUUGGCUCUUUGAAGGUUGGCGCCUUCUACGGAGCAGGAUACGUUGCAAUGUUCGUGGCCUUGGGAUUGGGGACCACGGCAGCGAAGACCUCCUUCUUCGGCUCGCUUCAAGCCGUCGUCUGCGCAGGAAUCACCUGCAUUGCUGCGGGGCGCUUAAACAUGGGCACCCUGGCAGCGGCUGCGAUGGCGGUCACAGGAGUCGGAGUGCUCGAGUUCGGCGGCGGUGGAGCGCUGGAAUUGGGCGUCGGUGAUCUGGUCGCCAGCCUAGUCCCGCUCUCUUUCGGAGCAGGAUGGUAUGUGCUGGGUCAAACAAUGAAAGAUCAUCCACAGGACACGCUGCCGUCAACGGCCAUCCAGCUUGGGAUGACGGCCUUGGCCAACAUCGGCUGGCUCGCCUGGCAGAAGGGAGCUGAUGGAGCUGUGGAGCUAGGCAUGCAGCUUCCCCAAGUGCUGCAGGCGCCCGGGCUCCUCGGACCGCUCUGCUUCUCGGCACUGGUGGGCAAUGUGCUGACCAUGUGGCUGGCCAACGAAGCCUUGCGCAGGGUCAAGGGCUCCGACGUGGCUCUCAUCGCCGCCUCUGAGCCACUCUGGGCAGCAGUCGCUGCCAUGGCACUUCUAGGUGACGUGCUGCAACCUCACGAGAUCCUCGGAGGAGCCCUGCUGGUUGGUGCUGUGGUCUGCAACGAGACCCUGGCAGAGGAAGCAGAGGGUGUAGAUGCUCCAGAAUCCGAGCGAGAUCUUCUGAAGCGAGCGAGUUUGUCCGCCCCGUACUUCGCCCGGAUGGCGGUGCACCUCCGCAGAGGGUCCAAAUUAGUGCUGCCCACUGCCGGAUCGACGGACUCCGGCUCCAGUGCGAAGCCUUCCGUGACGGGUCCUCUGGUCCUUGCAUCCUCUGGCAGCGACGAUGCCCAGGCCACGAUUGCAGACAUGGAGGAUAGAUUCAAGCAGAAGGCACAGGAGAUCCAGUCCGGGGCCGACGGAAUCGUUGACCAGGUGUCAGACUCCUUGAAGAACGGCUUCAGCAGUGCCAUGCAAUCGGUUGAGAAGAAGGCGGACAGGACUGUAGCCGAAGCGGAGUCAGCCGCAGACAAUGUGCAGCAGAGGAUAAAGGAGUUGGUCAAAAAGCAGCAGAAGGAGGGAGGCAACAAGCCAUCGCCUGCUGCAGCAUCCUUUGCAGAGGCACCGGAAAAGACGACCUCCGCCUCCGCCUUCGUGGUGCCCUUCUUUCUGGUUGCGGGAGCCGCUGGCGGCUUCUACUUGCGAAAGAGGACUUCCGGUGACGACCUGGAGUCCGUCUACCACAUGCAGGUCUGA